AUGGCUCUUCUCAAGUUGUGCAUUGCACUUCUUACUUUCUUCACACUCGCAAGCAGUAUGGAUCAUCAAAUUGUCCUCUCCUCCAGCCAAUUCAACACCUACAAAUGCUCGCACUUUGGUUCUACCCUUUCCCUCCCCAAUACCACUGUGAAGUCUGCUCAAUGGCUCCCGAAUGGCACAGUGAUCCAACUUGAACAAGGUUAUGGUCUUGCCUCUUGUGGAUGGGUGACACAACCCAUCAAACGAGACAUCUGCCGCAUCGUUAUGCAUGUUGAUACGAGUCCCAGAUCAAAUCUCACGUUUGAAGCUUGGCUUCCAAAUGAGAAUGAGUGGAACGAUCGUUUCCUCAGCACUGGAAAUGGUGGUAAUAGUGGCUGCCUUCGUUACCCAGACAUGGCUUAUUCCAGCGGGCUAGCUUUUGCUGCGGUUGGCACAAACAAUGGACACAACGGCAGCAGCGGAAUCGCAUUCCUCAACAAUGACGAUGUGAUUGAAGACUUUGCUUAUCGUGCAGUGCAUACCGGGGUCGUUAUCGGCAAGCAAAUUACGCAAAAGUAUUAUGGCAGAGCUCACAAGAAGUCAUAUUAUGCAGGAUGCAGCACAGGAGGUCGACAAGGCUUCAAGAUGGUACAAGACUUUCCAACCGAUUUCGACGGUGUUCUUGCUGGCUGCCCUGCCCUCAACUUCCCGUCUCUCCAGUCUUGGAGCGGACACUUCCAACCCAUCUUCGGCAACCCAGGUGACGAUACUUAUGUUCCACAAGGUCCGCAUUGGGAGCUCAUCCACCACGAGAUUCUCAAGCAAUGCGAUGGACUUGAUGGAGUUGUAGAUGGUAUCAUCGAAGAUACCCGCCUUUGCAGAUUCAGACCAGAAGCAUUACAAUGCUCUCCAGGUCUUGACGGAAAGAAUGGAGCAUGCUUGACAGGCUCACAAGUCGGCGCUGUCCGAAACGCUUUCACAGAUUUCUAUGGUGUCGAUGGCAACCUCAUCUACCCUCGGAUGCAGCCAGGGAGUGAGAUUAUGGCCUCCGAGCAGUUUUAUGCCAACGGAACUUUCCUCUACAGCACUGAUUGGUUCCGCUACGUUGUAUACGAUGACACCGAAUGGGAUCCAGAAACAUUCACCAUCGACGAUGCUCAGAAUGCAAUUAUCCAAGACCCAUUCAAGAUUUCCACUUGGAAUGGAGAUCUCUCUCCUUUCGAGGAAGCUGGUGGCAAGCUCAUUCACUACAGUGGCUUGAUGGAUGCUACAAUCACCUCAGACAAGGAUUUCUGGUACUAUGAUCAUGUAUCCCGUACCAUGGGUCGUGAUUCACAUUCCCUCGACAAGUUUUAUCGCUUGUUCCGAAUCUCAGGCAUGAGUCAUUGCGUUGGUGGUGAUGGUGCUCACAACAUUGGCCAGCGUUUCUCCGAUUUCGCAGGUCUGGAUCCAGAACACAACAUCUUGGAGGCUUUGGUACAAUGGGUGGAAGAUCGGCGUGCCCCCGACACCAUCACUGGCACGAGAUAUGUCAAUCAGUCUAACCAUGCCCUUGGUGUGGAUUACGAGCGCCGCCAUUGCCGCUACCCGUACCGCAAUUUCUGCCAUGAUCCACUCAAUUACAAGGAUCCGGAUUCCUGGAAGUGCAUCAUUUGAGGGGUGAUUGAGUUUGGGGGGAGAAGUUACAUAGCAUUGCGUUUUCGAGGGUAAAUAUGGGUGGAAUACAUGCAAGCGUGAUUUCCGUGCGAUGGUUUGCUUUGAAUGACCAC